UCUUUCCAUACAACUGCCACGUGUCCCAACCAGAACCAAUCCCCAUAAAUAUCCCUGCACUUUCCCCCUAUCAAAAUCUCCCUUUCACCAUUUUCUUCUCUAAACAAAAAUCUCCGUGUCGUUCAACGCCAUUUGCCAAAGCCCAAGUGGUGCUCAUCUUUCCAACUUUCAUGCUCUUCUCCGCGCCAUGAACGCCCGGGCGGCUCUCCUCUUCUCCUUCUCUCCGAAGCCCGACAUUUCGCCGCCCAGAAAAGUUCUCGCCUCCGGUUCCACACACCAGACCCCGUUCCGGUUCCGGUUUCAGUACCCCCAGUCCGAACGACACGGCUUUUUCAGUGUCGUUUCGAGGAGGAGAGUUUGGAAAGUGUGGGCCGAUGUGAAGUCGAAGCGUUACGAGGUCCCCGACUCGGUCCCGAAAUCAUCGGUGAAGUUCGAGGAUGCCUGCGACGACGUCGAUAGUGGGAAGGAGGAGUCGGAGCUCGUGGGCCCCUGGUGGGAAGUUUUUCCUAAGCGUUGGGUCAUCGUCGUUUUGUGCUUCUCGGCUUUCCUUCUUUGCAACAUGGAUAGAGUGAAUAUGAGCAUUGCCAUACUUCCAAUGUCAUCAGAGUACAAUUGGAAUCCGGCGACUGUUGGUUUGAUACAGUCUUCAUUUUUCUGGGGGUAUCUCCUCACUCAGAUUGCUGGUGGGAUAUGGGCAGACACGGUGGGUGGUAAAAAGGUGCUGGGAUUUGGAGUUGUUUGGUGGUCUGUUGCUACAGUUCUCACUCCUGUUGCUGCUAAACUUGGGUUGCCCUUCCUGCUUGUGGUUCGUGCUUUCAUGGGAAUUGGAGAGGGUGUUGCUAUGCCAGCAAUGAAUAACAUUCUGUCAAAAUGGGUUCCUGUAGCAGAGAGAAGUAGGUCGUUAGCUCUUGUUUACAGCGGGAUGUACCUUGGUUCGGUCACUGGUUUGGCCUUCUCACCACUUUUAAUACAUCAAUUCGGAUGGCCAUCAGUAUUUUACUCAUUUGGUUCUCUGGGGACGGUUUGGUUUACAGUAUGGCUAAAUCAGGCAUAUAGUUCUCCUCUUGAGGAUCCUCGACUGCGACCUGAGGAGAAGAAGCUAAUUCUUACAAAUAGUGUUUCCAAAGAACCUGUUAAAGUGAUUCCUUGGGGGCAAAUAUUGUCAAAGGCACCUGUAUGGGCACUUAUAGUAUCUCAUUUCUGUCACAAUUGGGGAACUUUUAUUCUUCUUACAUGGAUGCCUACAUACUAUCAUCAAGUUCUGAAGUUCAAUCUUACCGAAUCUGGGCUUUUUUGUGUUUUGCCCUGGCUUACAAUGGCAUUCUCUGCAAACCUUGGAGGGUGGAUUGCAGAUACCCUAGUGAGCAAAGGUGUAUCUGUCACAACUGUACGCAAGAUCAUGCAAACAAUUGGAUUUCUUGGCCCUGCUUUCUUCCUGACUCAGUUGAGCCAUGUUGAUUCUCCGGCAAUGGCUGUAUUGUGUAUGGCAUGCAGUCAGGGAACUGAUGCAUUCUCACAGUCUGGUCUAUAUUCAAACCAUCAAGAUAUUGCUCCACGAUAUUCUGGAGUAUUGCUUGGUCUAUCCAACACUGCUGGAGUUCUUGCUGGUGUCUUCGGAACUGCUUCAACGGGAUACAUCCUGCAACAUGGUUCUUGGGACAACGUUUUCGAAGUCUCAGUUGGGCUCUAUUUGGUUGGAACUGUUGUCUGGAACCUAUUCUCAACCGGUGAAAAGAUCAUAGAUUGAUCAUUGAAUGCUUUAUUUUUAACACGUGGCUGUUCAUUCUGAGGCAAUCCUAGGAGUUAAAAAGUGAAAAUGGAGAGAAGGAAAAGAACAGAAAUUGUAAGAAAUUCAAGUGCACAGAAGAACUGCACACUCUUACUCCUAUUCAUGGGCGUGAAGAAUCUUGAGAUCAUUAUGACAUGGAACAUGGAAGUUGAAACUACAAAAGUUCAAAUUCUUGUCCACCUUCCAACACAGCAAGUUUGAUGGGUUAGUUGGACUUCCGUAGCUUUUCAACAAAGGAGAAACACAUGGUAAAUAGCCCCAACAGCUUGUAAAGUUAUACUUGAUUCUAUAACACAUCAAUUUUUUGUGAUUAUGUAAUUAUAUUCUUAGAUGUAUAAUACCAUUUUUUUUCUUCUCUUUUU